GCCGGGCAGGCCCGACUGCACCGGGGAGUGAGCCAUGGCGGCCAGGACGGCCACUUCCUGGGACGGGACGGCCGGGCCGCGGCGAUCCGCGCGGGCGACGAGGCCCGCGGGCCGCGCGCAGCCCGCGGGCAGCGGGGGCGGCCCGCCAAGCCCGAGUCUGGCGUCGGCGGAGCCGGCCGGAGCCCGAGGCCACCCCAGCCCCGGCGGGUCCCGGGCCGGCGGCGGGCUCAGCGGCGGGCGGCGGGCCGCGUCUCCAUGCACCGCGCCGGAGAGGGCUGCGAACCGCUGCUGCUCGGCAGGAGCCCCGCGGCCUGGGCCCGCGCGCGCUGGCCGCCUGGAGCCGGAGUGGGCGCGCACAGCCGGCCGAGCCGCGAGCGCCGAGCCAGCAGGGCCUGCCGAGCGCGCCCCGCCCCGGCCCGGCCCGGCCCCCGCGCCCGCGCCCGCCCCCGCGGCCCGGCCGGGGACCCCGCCCCGCGCUUCCGGGAGGGGGAGGAGGCUCUCGGCCGCCCGGCGCCCUAGGCCGCAGCCGCCUGCGCCGCCGCCUGCCGCGCGGUGACAAACAGUGGCAGCCACUGAAGUGAUCUGCACCUCGGGUUGUGAGGACCCUGGCCCUUCACUCGUUCCCAUGAAUGCCCAUGGUGCAUCAUCGCUGUGCGAGGUCGGACAUGCUAAAACGAGCCCCCAACAGCUCACAGACAAUUGGAGGAAACUAAACGUCCUCCACCCAGGUAAGGAGUGUUUAUCCUCCUAGGGGUCACUGUAUUCCGAGAAAUUCAGUUCCCUGUGGUGCCCUGGAUCAGACAAGGAGUGGGGUGGGAAAACUUAAUCCGUUUUCCCUUUGGAAAUACGCGUGUUUCUUCACGGUCCUUCAGGACAUUCAGCUACCUUCAUGGUUGUUACUGGUACACCAUCUUUGCUGAGUUUUGAAGCUCUGCCAUCCCCAAGUACUGUGAAGAGAAUGGGGUGAACUCAAAGAAAAGCGUGAACCCUGAGACCUAGGAGCUUACUGUCUUAGAUGGGUACGUGAAGAGGUGAACAGCAAAGUAAGCAAGAGCAUGCAUCUUUUCAAUGUUCCUACUCUUCAACCCAGGAAGUCCACUCAGUGACAUAUCUUAAGGAAACAACCAGGAAGUGCAUUAAAAUGGAUAUAAAAUAGAUGCAGUGCAGUGAUACUUAUACUUGUGGGAAAAUUGGGAACAGAUUAAAAGUAACGGAUUGUUAAGUAAAUGAUAGUACAUUCGUAUGGUGAGUACCAUGUAUUCAUUAAAAGGAUGAUGUAUUACAAUAUUCAGUAACAUUGAAAAUAUUUUCACUAUAUAUAAAGAAAUAAAAUGCCAGAUACAAAAUAAUAUGUAUAGUCUGAUCUCAAGCCACUUCAUAUAUAUAAAGUUUUAUUUAUAUAUAAUUUACAUUUAUUUUAUUUGUAUAUGCAUAAACAGAAAAAUUUGGAAGUAUAUACACCGCAAUUUAGCAGUGGCUGUCCCUGGAAUUAAAGGUGAUUUUUUUCAGUCAGCAGUCAACCAGGAGAGAUCAUCAUGCUAAAACUCCCCUUAGGGCCAGCACUCUGAGCAAGAACGCUGCAGGGAUGAUAAGGAGGAAGAAACAGAACUGGACAAAAACGUUUGGGUACUGAUCUGAGGCAUUACCAUAGGAAACUAAGGAAACACAGGCCCACUUUGUAAGGGCUAAAUUCCCACAACAAAGCAGGGGUUGUUGGGUGGGGGAAGGGGAGUGUCAGUCCAAUGCCCAUAAUAAUCUGGGUAUAAAAAGUAAUCAGAAUGCCAUUUUGUAACCAGAGACAGACUAAGAACAUGUCAGUUACAUGGGAUGUAACAUCUGGAUGCAGUGACUUGUAUUCAUUAACUGGUUGUUUUCCCUAUAUGCUCUGUUUAUCUUCUCACCGCAGUGAACUUCAUUUCCUCCUUUGGCCAUAUUUACACAAUUGAGCACCAUUCUCCUUGAAAGAGUAUCAUGGGAAAUAGAAGUUACUGGUUCCACUCAGUCAUAUGCAGACAUUACCCAGCAUUCGCCAGACAGUGGAACUCUCUCUUAGUUUUAGCAGGGAUGAUGAAUAUGGUGUCUGAGCCCAGGAUGAGAUCCUGCCCAACUGCUAAUGCAUUCUUUCAUACUUUGACACAAUUUUCCAAUGCCAGCUACAUGUCAGAUGGACAUAGAAACACCACAUCCUCAGGUGCCUCUUAUCCCAUCCUAGGGACACAGUUUCCCAGAAUUCUAACUUAAGAAUUUUACAGCACAACAAUUGAUUAAAUUUAGUCAAAAUAGGUAUAAUUUCCACUAAGAAGGGGAUUAUCCUCUCAUCCUCUUCCUCUUUAUCAUUUUCCCGCCACCAUCAACACAUAAUUACAACAGAUCAUAUACUACUAUAAUUCCAGAAGGACAGAUUAUGCAUUUUCUGGUCUCCAUGGAGAUACUAACCCAUGGAAUUAUUUUCAUCCCCUGCCCUUCUUUGUCUUUUGUGUUGACUUAAGGACAUGAAUUGGACAAAGGACCACAAA